UAAAGAUGGAGUUUAUUAAAGAGGAGAUUGAAGACAUGAGUGAUCCAGAACCAUCCAGAAUAAAACAUGAAGAUACUGAGGAACAAACAGACCGGAUUGAGAUGAAAGAGCAAAAACAAAAACCGAAUGAAGAGGAGGAGAAACACUGUGACUUCAAAACUCAAAGAACAAAGGCCAAAAAACUGCACAACUGCUCACAGUGUGAAAAGAGUUUCUCACAAAAAGGAAACCUUGAAAGACACAUGAGAGUCCACACUGGAGAGAAACCAUACACAUGCCCUCGGUGUAGAAAGAGUUUUUCACAACUGGACACUUAUAAACAGCAUCAGAAAACACAUGAUGAAGUGAAAGAUCACGUGUGUUUGGAUUGUGGGAAGAGCUUCGCUAAAGUUAGCCGUUUGAAACUGCACCAAAUGAUUCACACUGGAGAAAAACCUCACAAGUGUUCAUAUUGUGACAAGAGUUUCACUCAGGCAGGAACCAUGAGAAUACAUGAGCGAGUUCACACUGGAGAGAAGCCGUAUCACUGUACUCAGUGUGAAAAGAGUUUCAGAUAUAGAAGUGAUCUCAAUUAUCAUCUGCUCGUUCACUCUGGAGAAAAGCCGAUUACCGGUGAUCAGUGUGGUAAUGAUUUUCUGAAAGAACACACGAAAAUGCAUACAAAUGAAAGGCCUUAUGCAUGUUUUUAUUGUGGAAAGAGUUUUACUCAGCUGGGUCAUUGUAAACAGCACCAGAAAAUACACACCGGUGUGAGAGAUCAUGUGUGUUGUGAGUGUGGGAAGAGCUUUACUAAAGCUGACCAUCUGAAACGGCACCAAAGAAUUCAUACUGGAGAAAGACCUUACAAGUGCUCAUAUUGUGACAAGAGUUUCACUAAGUCUGGAGGCCUGAAAGCACAUAAGCGAGUUCAUACUGGAGAGAAGCCGUACUACUGCCCUCCCUGUGAGAAGAGCUUUAGAUAUUUAAAAAGCCUUAAAAGGCACUUGAAAAAAUGUCACACAUCGUCACAGUGAGCAACAUUUUUAUGUCAAAAUAGUCAAGUAAAGAGAUAAACAAAAUAUGAAG